GUAGCAGGAUAAAAUAGAAAACAUGGAGCUCGCUCACUGUUCGGUUAAACUACUUCUCUUCUGCCUGGUGACUUGGAGAGAUUGGGGAAGUGCCAGACAUGUUGCUUCACCAUCAGGUGCCAUUAAUGUCAUGCUGUUUGGUAUCGACGUUAGGAUCACACCGGAAGCCUCAUGCUGCGGAAGAUGUAACGAGGAUACACCAUUUCGCCAAGUUUAUGUUACUUGUUACUGUGACAAGUUCUGCUUGACAUACCAGGACUGUUGCCUGGACUAUGAAUUGUACUGUACUAACCUGGAGGAGAGACUGAUCAAAGAUCGAGACCACGAGCUGUUGGAAGCUUUUCAGAAUUGUUCCAAAAGUAUGGAGACUUUAGCAACACCAGGGAUAGCACCAUCCAACAGCAGUGCCAAUGACCGUGACCUCUGUCUAAUUUGGUAUCCUGAACGUGCACAGAGUCUCGUCGACGAGUUUGCGUGCAAGAUGGAGGCACUGUGGGUUCCUGUCAUUCUGGCGCGAAAACCAAAUCGAACGUUGGUGCGUGCACUGGUUCAAUCUUUUUCUGAUCACGUGUUAUUAGUCCAAGACUGUGUCCAAAAUGCAAACACGGUUGACACAAUUGACCUGUGUAUGAGCACAGCCUUCGAUGGCUUUGAAAGCCUAAUGGAUGUCGAAAAGGUUGUUCCGGUUACCGCUCAUGAUGGCUUGCAUUAUCGUAAUCUCUACUGCGCUCGGUGUAACGGCAUAGAGGACAAAGAUGUACAAUUCUGGCAAAUCAAACUCACUUGUCCUUCACAGGUGAGACACGUUGGUCUGACAGACAGUUCUGUGAGUAGAUGUUGGUUUGAGUCGGUCAUUGUACCAUCAUUGUUUAGAUGGAGAACCGCUCAGCCACGUAUCAUCCCUGCCAACCUGGUUUCUCGUGCUUGCGGCAGCAGUGUCCAGUCCAAAGGUGAAUUCGAAGAUGCUUGUCGGGCGUACCAACUGAAAACACCUUGCGCCAAAAAUCCACACUGCGAAAGCGGCUGCGAAUGUUCUGGGCUUCCUUGUCUUACACCCCCAGAAAUCCAAUCUUCAGACCGGCCGAUUUUUCUUCCCAUAAGCGCUGUCUUCCACUUUACCUUACAUGGAGGCAUGCGUUACUCUCUGGAAGGUGACCCUGCGGUUAAAGUGUGCGAUGACGAGUACGAGUUCUUCGAUUCUGCCUUGGGAGCUUGCAGACCAUUCCUGUGUCCCUCUGGUCAAUCUCCAGGACCACGUGGUUCAUGUGUUGUUGUUGAUUCGAUGAGAAAUCCCUGUUUGCAAUCUGACUUGGAUGAGCCUCAGUUGAUAUCGGUUCAGAUGGACUUUCGCGUUAAAUCUGUUGGUUCGGCAAAAGUGUACAUGAUGAGCUUGAGCAGGCGUCUGUUGAAUAUAUCUUUAGAAGAGUUUGAUCAGUUUGACUGUAAUGCACCAUUGUCGACGGUGGAUGCGAUACCUGUAGCGUUGACAACUUGUCGACUAUCCUUCGUAACUUUUUCUACCCUUAGCUUUGAAGAAACACUCUUGGGAUUUUUGACCCAAAUGAGAACAGAUCCUGCAGGAAUUGGAAAGACCUUUCGUAGAACGGGGUUUCGCUUUGACAAACUUUCUUUAAAGAAUUACGCCUCACACAGAUUCCUAGUUGAAAAAUGCGGUCGUUUUGGAGGGAUGCCAGUCGCUUACUCUCGCGGAGUGGACUACAGGAGGUUUGAAGUAAAUGGGUCUGCAUUUGUUGAUGUCACGGUAGGCAAUGAAACAUUAUUAUGCCCAGGCCACCGACUUUAUCAAAAGGUAGUUUUCCGCCCGAGCAAGUUUGUAGGACACUCGCAGGAAUUUAUGUUUUUGUGUCAAACUAAACUCAGCUGCCCUUUGGUGAUAUUCAAUUCCAGUGAGUAUAGUUGGUUGGACAAUACGACAAUAAGCAUAGGCUCAGGCCGAAAUAUUUCAAGCGAUGAGGUAAUUCAGUUAAGUAACAAAAAUGUCGUGCUGUGCCGUCCUAGGGAUUGUUCCAACUGCACUCAACCAUCCAUUCUAGGAGACGCAGUGCUUUCCAUGAUUUGCAUCUCUGUCUCUCAGCUGUUCCUGCUUCUCUGUCUACUCAGCUUCUGUUUUCUCCCGGAGCUCUGGACCCUACCAGGGAAGAACCUCUUCUGUUCCAUUUUGGCCCUGUUUCUGACUCAGACUGUCUUUCUGAUUGGUCCGGGUUCACCACUGAGUCAGUUCACUGUAGCCAGUGAUAAAGAUGUAUGUCUUGCUUUUGCUGUCUUGAUACAUUACUUCCUGCUCGCCACUUUCUUUUGGAUAAACGUGGUUUCGCUGCACUUUGCCCGUACAUUUGGUUUCAAGCUCCGGAUGCGCAGUGUACGGUUUCGUCGAGCUUUUCGGUGGUAUUCACUUUAUGGAUGGGGCACACCUGGUGUGAUAGCAGGGGUUUGGCUGGUGGUACAUAAACUGAUCCUAGAAGGUGGCCAUGGGCUGGUGAUCUACCAACACUGCUUGCCUUUUGGUGUCGGUGCUGUGUUGUUGGUGGCCGCACCUAUGUCUCUCUUGUUGGUGUUGAAUGCGGCCCUCUUUGUAUUGACAGUGGUUGGUAUCCGGCGCACUAAGCAGUCAACCAGCGUGGUCAUGCAGGAACAGAGAACGCUCGAACACCUCCAGUCGGAAGUUACCCUUUGCACCAAGAUCUUCGUAGCGACCGGGAUGUCGUGGAUUCUCAUCUUCAUCUUGGGAUACGUCGACGUGGAAGGUUUCUCCUACUUCUUCACUGUCUUGAUCGCCAUCCAAGGACCCCUCCUUUUCUUCUCAUUCGCCUUCACGGAAAGAGUCCGCGCCAUGUGGCGGGUCCGGAUCACUCGUCUGUUGCAGGCACAAACUGAUACAUUGGAGGAAGCCAGUGACACUCGAAAAAGCGCCCUGCAGGGUUCUCGGGUAGCUGACACUGAAAUGGAUUUGCUAUAUCAAAGUAAGCCAUCCGAAAGUGAAGAACGUGCAUGAAAAUGCAGUCAUCGUGUUAGACAGGGAACUGUGAUUCGCUGUGUUGAAAGCACUCAUCAUCAACAUAACUCAACUCUUUUAACAAGGGGCGUUGACCAGCGGCGCAUCCAGUAUUUGGUGUUGGGGAGGCAAAUUGAAAAACGAAUGCGGCUUCGGGCUUAUCAACAUGAUGUUGGGAAGAAUAUCCGACGCCUUACUCACGUUCCCGGCAUUGUAAGUUUUAUUUUGUGGUGUUUGUUUUCUAAGAGUUUUGGUGCUAAUAGUUUGAUAAAUAAAUAUACCAAUAGUACUACAAAAGGGAAAGACUGGAGCUAAAAUCCAUCAGGGGGUAAAUUGAAUUACUCCCCCACUGGAUACGCCACUGGCGUUGACGGGAAGCAUUUUGGGGGAGGCAAAGCGCUGAAUCAGUAGCGAACGACUUACUCACCAUUGAGCUUUGCACAAUAUCAAAAGAGAUCGUGGAAAUAUAACAUCUGAACAUCCAAAACGUUAUCUGAACAUGAAAAGACUAUUUCAUUGACAGAAAAUUGAAAGCAGGCGCCCUUACUUUGGAUUAUCAUGGCAACCACUAUUUGCUGUAGUAGAACUGCUUAUAUUUUUAACAGCUCAGAACAAGGCCUGCGUUUAAAAGGGAUAAUUCACCGUGGAAGACAAUCUUCCAAAAGGGUACAGCUUGCAGUGCAGCUUGGUUUCAUAUUCAGUGUUUAGUUGGAGCAGGAAGAAUAGAAAUAAUAAAACAGACUUUCAUCAAGCAGUAAAGUAAUUAAUAAUAAUACACUUUACAGUAUGUUUAAAGAGAGAAAGAAAUGAAUCUCGAGCAGUUUUAAAGUACGUUUUGAAUUCUUCAAAAUUCUGCAAGGCUUUGCAUUUUUAUGUAAAAUAAUAUGAAAUUUAUUUGUUUGGCAUUAUACUCUGGCACUUCUUUGAUUUAAAGCUUUUGUCUUUAUUAUGUAUGAUGUUUACAAUCGUAUAGAUUUGCCAAAAAUUACAAAUCUUUCGAUUUUUCUUGCACUUCAUUGGGAUCUAUUUCUGAGGUUAUACCGUUAUUGUUGUAAAGAUGUUUAUACUUUUUGGAGCUUUAACAGAUCUUGGUGUCGUUUUUAAGGAAACCUCAGCUUGGACGAAAAGCUAUUGCUGCUGGG